ACUGGACAAGGAAAAGGCCUAUCUUCCGAGUCGGUCGUUGAUGGCGGCCGGUCAAGCGGCGCUGGGGUGCCCCGUGAACUGGUCGUUGAACUGCACAGUCUCGCCCGGCCCGGGCUCGGGCCAACAGUCGAUGGGGCAGCCGAUCUGAUGAGACGACUCGGACAGCCUGGUCCUGGGGGCCGGACGAUCCAGGUUCUCGGCGUUCUCCUCUCGCUUCAUCGCCAAAUGGUACGUGGCCACCUGAUGCGCGCAGGCGGGAUGAAAAUGCUGCAGCAAUUGGUGCUGCCGUGUCAUGCUGUUGCAGUUGCAGUGGAAAGCGACGCCUGCGGCCUAUCCUCGUCUAUCCGAACUGGAAUUGAUGACACAGAAUCAACUUAUUUAUCCACAAAGUCAUUAGCCAAUCAGAGAAAAGGCCAAUGA